CCGACGCCUGCCAUGACGAUCGAUCCUCUCUCCACACGCGUUUAGACCCGGCCGCCUUUCUGCAAAGGUGCUACACCCCGGAGCUCUCCCUUCUGCGACAGCACGCGCCGCUUCGUGCCCAUCAUUUCCCAAUCCCCCUUCGACCACAUGUUCGCUGCAUCGGGACAGUUGCAACUCGCCUCGAAGCCUGCCAUCGAUCGUCGACAGUCCCAGUGCCUCUCGUCCACCUACUCCCAGCACGUUGAUCUCCGCGGGUGGUACCCAGCUGCACGCUGGGCGUAUACAAUAUGGUCCUCAACAAGAGAAAGCCAGUCAAUCUAAUCACGACUCCACCCAAUGUCCCAGACAGUACCGAAGUCUAUGUCAUGAAAGGCACGAAUGAGGUGUUUACAGACUAUGAGAAGUACCUAAAGCGCUUCGACUGGCUCAACUCAAAAAAGUUCACAGACGCGGUCAAUGGCAAGUCCGGCCUCACAUACUGGGACGCGCUGGAAUCAGAGACCAAGAGUUCAGCUACAAUCGAGACUUUGUUUCCCGAAGUUCUUCGCGACCCCAUUCUCCGCAAUGUGCAGUUUUCCACUAUCACGCGCAUGGAUGAGCUUGUGAACAAGGUAUUCGACGACUUCAAGAGUGAUUACUUUCCGGGCGAGGACGUCGUAUGUACCCUUGACAAUGGCGAGCAAUUCGAAGGGACGAUUCGCGAAAAGGCCAAAUUCCCCAUGAUUCGAGGAGCAGAUGGCAGCGUGCAGCGUGCCCCGUUCUCGCGAUAUUUUAUCAAGGUGCACGGCUCGCCCGGCGAAGAGGCACUCUUGGACGACAAGCACAUUCGCCGUGAUCGUAAGAUCUUCACGAAGCAGAACCUUCGUGCUUUCCUGAAGAACUCUCUACAACGUGAACCCUGGAGUGGAGCACCAUGGCUCGUCAAGGAACAUCUCGCAAUCCAAUAUCGACUGCCCAUGGAAAUUCCUCAACACCUCUUCCAGGACGCGAAGUUACUAGCAGCCAAGACUCAGGUGUUCUCAAUGCGACCGCCGAAGUCCAAGAAACCGAAAGGCAUGCCAGCUGCGGAGUAUGAACGCUUGCGAAAUCAGGAGCUACAUCAAAUACAACAACAGCAAAUGCAACAGCACAUAGCCGGCGCUCAUCCGGCGCAACUGAGUCGUUACCAACAACAGCAGGCACACCACCAGAUGAUGAACCAAACGCCACCUCGACCUCCUCCGCCACCAGUCGUCAGAUAUCCAAUAGAGGAUCUAGAUCUAGCCCCGAAGCGCAAUGGUGCGACGAGACCAGAACUCAAAUUCUUCACAGAGGAGCUCACGGAGUACAUGCGCGGAGGACGGAAGACAGCAGUAGAGGGCAUCGAAAUGCGGUCGAUCGGUAUGCUGUUGGAAGUCUGGAAUACGCUGAAUGUGCAGUGCGAGGUCUACGUGCUAGACAGCUUCACGUUCGACGACUUUGUGGAUGCGAUGCAGUAUCACGAGAUCGAUCCCCCUUGCGAGCUUUUUGAGGAGAUCCAUUGUGCUGUAUUGAAAUUGUUCGUCGAUAACGAGGGUAAGCUUCUGGUCAAGGAUAUGCCUCGAAAGAAGGUUGAGGAGACCCAGGGGGACGACGAGACGGACAUGCACGAUGACAGCGAAGUCUCGACACCUCUACCGGACGUACCUGCGCGUUCUACGCGUAGCAGACUGAGCCAGAUGGAAGUCGUGGAACCCGAUAGUCCCACUGUAGAGAACAGAAACCGCGCCGGAGAGAUGCUGGGUGACCGCGCCUGGGAAGACCGACUGGCUGCCCGAGCCUUCACCAAUGGGGGCUGGCAAGUCAUUGUUGUCGGCAUCCUGCAUCAACUGUCCCAGGUCCCAUUAUUCAAGGAGAGGUGCGAUCGGAUCUUGGCUCACCUUGCUCCGAUUGAUUGCAAGCCUACACAGGAAACAGCUCUAGAGCAAUAUGCGACGAUGGACAUUAAUCUCCGAAUUGCAGCCCUCCAGCUGCUGACAGUCCUGACGAUUCGGACUGACGCAAUCAAGGAUUUCCUCGAAACCUGCAUGGACGACAUGACGGAUGUGCGCAAGCGCAAGAUGGAACAUCAGCGCGAGAAGAAAAUUGCCAUGGAGGAGUUCGCCAUCAAGGAUCGCGAGUUUAAGAUUCUGCGACCUGAUCACCUUCCACCUUCUCCUGUGCACGAGCCAACUGAGGUCACUGAGCUAGACCCGACGGAAGGCUCCAUUGACCUUAACGGCACUGCUAGCAGCCCAGACCCUGAUGAGGAUACCCUCGCUGGUGGAAGAUCGCUUCGUCGCGCAGGUGAUCGCAAGCGCAAGCGUGAAGAAGAACAGGCGCGUCGCGAAAAGGAGAAGGCUGCUAAGGCUGAAGCCGCCAAGGCGCACAACAAGGCUGCCAAAGAGUUCAAGAAGAUCGAAAAGGAAUGCCUGGAGCUCAAAGAGCGCAUCAGGGUGCAGGAAGAGAAAAUUGCCGAAUGUGACUCGGACUUGCGCGAGGCUAACGUCCAGCGCACCAAAGUCUUAGGCAAGGACAGAUUCUGCAACCGAUACUAUUGGUUCGAGCGCAACGGCCAGCCAUUUGGCGGUCUACCAAGCUCGAGUACAUCGUCGUACGGAUACGCCAACGGCCGCAUCUGGGUGCAAGGACCGGACGUCAUGGAGCGUGAGGGCUUCAUUGAUCGUACACCGGAAGAUCAGCGAGAAUAUCAGAGGUACUUCCAGAUGACAGUCCCUCAGCGACGCCAGCAAGAAGAAGGCGACGUUCAACUCAAUACAGCGGAUGAGUGGGGCUAUAUCGACGAUCCAGAUCGGCUGGACAAUCUCAUCGGCUGGCUUGACGAUCGCGGCGAGCGCGAGCGGAAACUGCGCAAAGAACUCAUGGACUGGCGAGACCACAUUGCUCAAUACAUGGAAGCGUACAAGAACUUCCUGGACCAGGAAGCUGCCAAGAAGCUUGACACGGAGGAGGAGCCCACAAAACGCGUCUCUACUCGCCACAAGCACGCCGAAGAGGAGAAUGCGAAUAAGGCGCGCUGUCUUCGCUGGAGUAACACUAUGGCUCUUGACGAACAGGGACAUAUCCACUCCCGGCCCCCCAAGCCAAAGGAGAAGAAAUCUUCCAAGAAGCAAGCUCACGCGGAACGAGAAGAUAGAGGCCGGGGCGUCGCCGUACCUGUUAACCGCAGUGGUAAGGCGAUGACGAGGCAGGGCGGUGAUUACAAUUCCAAGAAGUGAGCUACACCGACUGUGGUGGAGAGAGAUCUUCUUAGGCAGUCACGCUGGCCCUUUCGUGCGAGUGAUGGCCAUUUUGGCGUGCAUGAAGUUUCAUCACACGUGCUGGCAUGACUUGGGUAUAGAGGCCGUGUGAAUCGCGACCGGCUCGCUAGCUAAGGUACCUAGCUUCUCCUCGUCGAGUGGAGGGGUGAUUUGAGGAUACAGGGUAGCAGCUUGUCUGGUAUGUCGCUGCUGCUGCUGCUGCUGCAUUUGCUUGUACUGCAUAGCGAUGAGAGAGGGAUGCUGUUGGCCAACGGCUGCAGCUGGGUCGAAAGGGCCCAAGAAAAUACCUUAGUAGAGUCUACAUGGCUCGAAAUGCGAAUGAUACCACCCGC